AUGGUCAUCCACUCGCUGGACGCCAAGUUUGCUUUGAACAUUUGCAUUCCAGCGAAAGUCAGCACGGUUAAUGUUGUCGCAAAUAGGAACGAGGAAGACGACGGAAGAGCUGUGAUUCAAAACAACCGUAUCACUGUUAAUUCAAAGGAACAUUUCCAGAUUUAUAAGCGAAUGUAGAUAUCAUAGUAACACUCACCCAUGUUGAAAGGGAAAAAGUGGACAACUCAGCUGUUCGCCCCAGUAUUUCGCUGUCAAAUAUGCAUACAUUCCCGGAUGAUAUGUUGGAACAUGGCGGGUCAUAGAAGGUCAAGUUAGCUAAUGUAUUUUCCGCAAAUUUCCAAUGUUUGUAGCCUAUAGUGAUGAUGAAUGAGUUAAAUUUUAAGCCGAGAAGAAUACCAAACCAGAAUUUAGUGUGGAGGCUACGUCAGAGGGAGACUCAUUUUCCAAAACCCGGAACUCACUGGCAUCAAGCACGAGCUUUCACUCAAAACAUUUUUCCAAAUUUCACGAUUGUGAAUGUUGAAACACCUCCGUGCUAUCUGCGAAAAUUCUCACCAGAUGGCCGUUAUUUCGUUGCAUUCUCAUUAGAUCAAAGCUCUGUUGAGGUGUACGAGUUCCAAGGGCCAAGUGCAGCUGAGGAAUUGCUUGCUAAAGAAUCGCCAGACAUUGAGAUAAGGAGCAGAUUGUUCAGUAGCUUCUUCCGUCUCAGCUCCGUUGUAACCGUGGCACAAAAUGGAGAGCAUUUGAACAGAGAGUGUAGUUUAUUUACUGACGAUGGCCGUUAUGUUAUAGUUGGAUCAGCUUCGUAUGUCCCAGAGGAACCACAUCCAUAUUUCUUUGAUAUCUACAGCAACAAUGAGUCGGUCUCUCCUAAUCCCAGGUCACCUCUGGAAGACUACACAAUCCACAUCGUUGAUAUGAAAACUGGAAUGCUGUCAGAUUCCAGAGUGUUCAAGUGUGAUAAGAUAUUCUUAUCACACAAUCAGGGACUGUACUUAUACAGAGACCUUCUUGCAGUUUUAUCUGUUCAACAGCAACAGAUUCACAUUUUUCAGGUUACAUCCGAUGGCAAGUUUAUUGAUGUGCGCACAAUUGGUCGAUUCUGUUAUGAGGAUGAUGAGUUUAUGCUGACUUGUGUCAGGAAUGUUGAUGCCAAUGGCCAACCCAUUGUGCGACCAUACAUGGAAACCUGUCUGAAUGGACUGAAACAUAGAAUUCUGGCCCAUCUGUGGAGAUGUGCAUAUAACGAAGGCACUGCUUUAGCUAUGGGGAGAUUUUAUCAGCAUGUUGAACUGUUCAGAGCUCUGAGAAUGUGGAAGAUGCAACUUUUUGAUAGUAGGAUUUUACUGAUAAAGUAUGCCAGUGAAGAUGUAGUAACACUGAGGGUCCCAGAUCCAAACUCACAGCCAUCAUUCUUUAUCGUGUAUGACAUGGAAACAACCAAAGUCUUGGCUGUGUUUGAAAACACUUCAGAGAAAUUGUUAGAACUUUUCGAACAGUUCUGUGACUCUUUUCGCAAUGCUAUGUUGCAUUCACCAGCGCAAUUCACUUGUUCAGCUUCAAGCAAUAUUUUUGCCCGCCAAAUUCAAAGACGAUUCAAGCACACCAUUGUUAAUGCAAAAUAUGGAGGGUAUACUGAAGCUGUCAAGCGUCUUCUUGCUCAGUUGCCAAUCAGCUCCCAAUCUUACAGUAGCAGUCCUUAUUUGGACUUGUCCCUGUUUAAAUAUGAUGACAAGUGGGUGUCUGUCAUGGAAAGGCCCAAAGCAUGUGGAGAUCAUCCAAUAAGGUACAAGGUUAGCUUUAGCUGACUUAAGAAGUACCACUAUAUCUCAUUAGAAUCUUGAACUGAAGAAAAAUUUUAAACACCAACAUCCUCCACUGAUAUUUUAACACAUUGCUCAUUCUCAGGGUGUAAAAGAGGACAACUGAAAUAGGGAAUUAACUCUUUUCCCCCAUAGGAGUGAUUGACAUCUUAUUUCUCCUUACCUUAUCACUGUUGCAUCAACCAUUAAGGUUAUAAGAAGCUCUCAAUUGUGGAGCAAAUUUUCCAUGUAAGUACCACUAGAAAUGUAUUGAGAACAAAAUGGAGAAUAUGCAAAGUGAUCUUGGGGUGUAAAGGGCUAACAAUGUCUUCAUUAAAUUUCAAUGUACACAGCUUUGUAAAAAAUUGCAGUUUAGAAAUUUUUUUCUGUUAAUGAUGAACUUGAACCUAGCAAAAUUUGUGUUGCUGAUGUUUCUUUCCUUUGCAGGUUUUAUUCUAGGGAUUCAGGGCUUCUGAAAUUUAAGAUCCACGCUGGUUUUUUGGGUCGCCCAAUUCCACCAACAGGAAAGAGGCUGGUGGCAUUCACUUUUCACCCUCUCUACCCAUUUGCUAUCUCAGUACAGAAAACUAAUGCAGAAUAUGUGGUGAACUUCCAUAUCCGACAUCUUACUAGUGGUGUAGAACAUACUUGAGUGUAAUCUUAAUCCAGGAACCCUUACUGUGAUAAACUGUUGUUUUAAUGAGGACUGGGUUAAGAUCAGCUUGCAAAGCAAGGUUUGGAAUCUACUCUCAAGAUGUUUUUCAAUCAAAAUGGAAAAUGUAGGUAUCUAUGUUGAGGUUGAAUACUCUUGUUAGUUGAAAUUUUAUUUUCAUUGGUUUCUUUGCUUAACCAGAAACCAAGAUAAGAAAGAAUUGUACAUAUAUACCAAGACUGUUUUUGUUCACAAUAUUUUGGGAAAAAUGUAAUAAAUAAACAUGCGAUACAAAGAAUUGACUGAAGUAACUGUAGUGUGGUUUAGCACCUUUUGUUGAUCUCACUGGGGAAAUAAUUGUUAAAUAUAAACCAGGCUCUCUCUUUUUUUCUACCCUUUCUUUUGCAAAUUUUUGUUGGUGGUUUGUGGGUUAAUUAAAAGUCAGAAAGAUAACUGACUUAAACUCCAGCACCUGUUGGCCAUCACCUUUAGUAUCAGUUGCUCAUCUUUAUCAUUCACCACUGCUCUAAUGAGUAAACUGGAGAUUUUAAAUAACUGUAACAGUUGAGCAAUUCCACUUUGGGAUCAUAUGGGGAUGUUAGUAAUUAUAGUUCCAUAUUGUAAAAAAUUAAAUUAUGCAAAGAAAGUGAGUAAUUAGUUUGAUUUCAACAUUAUUAAUAAUUGAUUAAUGUUUUUAAAGAAAUAUGGUGAAGAAUACUUAACCAGCAAAUAGGUAUACUUCAUUGUCAGACUUAAUGUGCUGUAGUAGCUGAUGCAGUGCUCUAAAAUCUUGCAGAACUGGUCCUAAUAUGGGGCAGUUGAACACUGGUGGAGGUCAAGAAUCUAAACUAAAGCUCCAUUAUUUUCAGUCAUUUAAAAAAAAUAUAUUAUGGGUGACAACAGAGCACUUCAAGUGAACAGAUAUUUUUUUCACCUUUUUACAACCAACAUACCAC